AUGGAUCUUCUGGCAGGGCUGAACCAGCUUCAGGCUCCGAAACCCGUGAUAAUGGAUCCGAGCCAUGUAACAGUGAGAUCAGAGACCAUCCCUGGAGCUGCUGCUGGAGCUGCUGCUGGAGCUAGGCUGCGAGAGAGGCAGGCUGGGAGAGGCAUUGGGGAAUCCAUGACUGGAGGCACUCAUGACAGCGAGGUGCUUGGCCUGGGUCGUGACCACUGUUGA